CCCCCGCCUCAUAAACCCUCCUCCUCGUCUUUCCCCGCAUCGCGUUCCCCCCAAUUCGCCCCGCAAAUUUCGAAAAAUCCGCCACCUAAUCCGACGACCUAAUCGCGCCUCAGGUCACGCGAGGGGAGCAGGAAUCCGCGCUCGUCGUCUCCGCCCAUCGGAUCGGUCGAUCGAUUCAAGAAGGCGCGGGAGCUCCUCUUCGGCGGCCGCGAUGGAGGAGGACCCGCUCAUCCCGCUUGUGCACGUGUGGAACAAUGCCGCCUUCGACCACGCCUCCGCGUCCUCCUCCGCGUGGCACGCCCACACCGCUGCGGCCGCGGCGGUGGCGAGCGUCAGCGAGGGGGACAAGGAGAACCACCGCCCGGAGCCCGAGGCCGCGGACGUCGACGCGGAGAUCGACCACAUCGAGGCGGAGAUCCUGCGCCUCUCCUCGCGGCUCCACCACCUCCGCACCUCCAAGCAGCCGGAGCCCAAGCGCGGGGAGGCCGCGCCCGCGCGCGCGGCGAAGGCGGCGGCGCGGCCCCGGACGCGGGGGCUCAGCAUGGGCCCGCUCGACGUCAUCGCCGCCGCCAACCCCAACCCGCCGCUCCUCGGGAAGGAGCCGCCACGCGCCGCGCAGGGCCUGAAGCCGAUCAAGCCGGCUCCGGCGCCGCGGGGCAGGGGGUUCAGCCUCGGGCCCCUCGACAUCAUCGCCGCGAACCCGAGGGUCCCCGCCGCCGCCGCGCCGCAGAGGAAGGUUCAUGGCGAGGGCGGGAUCGCGCGGCCGAUCCUGAAGCCGAUCAAGGAGCCCCCCGUGCAGCGGCGCAGGGGCGUCAGCCUCGGGCCCUUGGAGAUCCAUCACGGCGUCGGCAGCAAGCCUGGGGCCGCGGCGGCGGCGCGGGUCAAGCCGUUCUCCAAGCUCAGUGCCGUUCGAGAAGAAGGCCAACAUUCCAAGCAGCACGCCGUCCCCUCUAGACCGUGGCCAUCCAGCAAUGCCAGGCAGCCACUGGAUGCCAAGCAAGGGGCCGCGCCAAGCAGAGCCAAGGCGAGGGGCGGGAGCAUGAGCCCCAGAUCCAGGAGGCAGUCCACUUCCAAGGCUGCAGAGACAAGGGGAGUCAACGCCAAGGCUACAGAGACAAGGGGAGGCAACGCCAAGGCUACAGAUACAAGGGGAGGUAAUGCUGCAGUAGCGGUAAACAAGGUGGCUGAUGAGCUCAAGCCCAAAGCUGUGGUCAAUCACGCGGGCAAUGCAGCCGUUGUGAAGAGGCCGGCGGGGAGUUCCAAGGUCAGGGUCGUCCCGAGCCGCUACAGCCUCACGCCUGGCUCGUCCCUGGCAGCUGGAACACAAGAGAAGCGGCGCAAGCAGUCUCUCCCGGGAUCAGCUGGUGGUGCAAGCCAAAGGGAGGAGAUCAGAGCAAAGCUUACUGAGCAGUUGAAUGAUGAGCUGUCUCCUGAAACCAUUGCAAAGGUUGCAGUGCUACUUCCAAGGAUCAGGACCAUGCCGCCUUCUGAUGAGAGCCCACGCGACUCAGGUUGUGCCAAGCGUGUUGCAGAUUUGGUUGGGAAGCGAUCCUUCUUCACUGCUGCAGUGGACGAUGGCAAUGCCGUUACGCCCUUCCAGGCACGGGUGCUUGAAGUUGAAUCACCCGAGGCAGCAGAAGAAGAAGCUUGAGAAUUUUGGUAUGAUAAAUUCCUUCCAACAGCUCGGCUCCCCUUCUUCAUGAGUGUUCGAAGUGCUUGCUUGACUUGAGCUUGCAUAUGGGUGAGGCCUUUUUGCAGGGUGCUACUACAUAGUCUACUGUUACAUUCAUAUCAUAAUCUCAUGUCCUAUUUCUUUUGUUGAGACUUUGCUAGUAAAUGUACGUUGACUUGCGAAGAGAGUGAAAGGUCUCUGCUCCUGUGGGUGUUUUGAUUUGUAAGUGUGUCCUCAGUUUGAUGAAGUACAGGAUCAUGGUAUGGUUUAUAAUAUUCUCUCUCUUUUUGUCC